GUUUUUUUAUGUUUUUACAAUCCAAAUCUACAGCGACAUAUACGUUCGAGCUGCGUAUACCAAUCGCCAGAAUCGGAAGCUACUUACUUAACGAUGAACUUUUAAGUAAUUCGUCAAAUCAAAAUCAAUAUAUAAGAUCAAUAAUCCUUGAUGCUAUCGAUCGUAUGGUUAUGCAAUCCGAUUUUCGUGAUGUAUACUAUGGAGUCCAGUCAAGGGAAUUCAACUCUCGAAAGGAUGUAACUGUAUUGGGAAACGUCUUGCUACAGUUGUCAGAAAAUAGUGAUGUGAAACGCUUAGAAACUGUUUUUAAGAAAUAUCUUCGACAGAGUAACUAUAGUGUUGGAGGAACCGAAUUAUAUACAUCGAAGGAGGAUAUAAAUUCGUUGACAGUGAAAGAUUUUGAUGAAUGUGCCCACGAUGACUUCAACGAUUGUUUCAUCCACGCCCACUGUUUCAAUUUGGUAGGGAGUUAUACCUGCAGCUGCCCAGAUGGCUAUGUGGACACAUCCGAUAAUCCCAUUUAUCCUGGUCGCCAUUGUUCAGAUGGGGUAAUUGGAUGCAUUAAGUGCCACUACCAUGGCCAUUGUGUGACAUCGCAUACAAUCUUGAAUGGAACCUCAGUAUGUGAAUGCUUUGCUUGGUAUGCGGGAGCAACCUGUCAAUUGAAUUUGAAGAUAUUGUUGAUUAGUCUGAUUGCAAUUAGCACAGUUUUUAUCUUGUUGUUGGUCUGUAUGCUACUAGUAUAUACGAAGCGCAAAACGCACAGAGCAAGGCCUAUAUUUAUCAAGGCAUCCAAUUAUCAUCCAAGUAUGUUAACUUUAUCUAGCAACAAGUCGGGAGUGUCAUCUGCAGCUCUUAUACCCAAGUCCAGCACAGACAAGUGUAACAUUUUAAAUGAUUCAAAUAGUGAAUCGAGUCACAAUACUGAACAAUAUUCAACAUUCAAGGAGUCAGCUAAUGCAUUCGAACCAGUACAAUCGGAUCGAUCACUUACUGUAAUGAUUCCACGAGCCAAAUACUACCAUCCAUCAGUCUUGCCACAUACACAAAAAUUAAAGCAACAAGAACUUACGUUAAACGAAAUUGAUGAAAAAGGUAAAAUUAAAGCUGGUAAACACACACCUACAAAGCCCUCUAGUAAAGAAUGUGGCUCAUUAGUCUCUGCCGGCUUUGAGGUCUCUGCAAUUGUCAGUGACCAACCAGUUCAAUUAAAUAGCAAAACAGUCGACUGGAAGGAAAAUACUACUGAUUGUGCAUCAUCUCACGGAGAACCAAUAACUAGAGAAAACUUAAACGCCCUUUCAAAUUCAAACGAGGACUUUCAUAGAAUGAGCUCUUGGAUGAAAAAUAUUCCUAACACUGAAAUAUCGGCUGAUAUACGCUCAUUCGAUGAAACAACAGUUCAGGUUACUAAAUCACGACAUCUAUGUUUUAAAAAGCAGAUGCCUAUUAAUACAAUCGAGGAGGCAAAUACAAUGGCUGAGCGAGAUCUGGGCUCCACAUUUUUAUUGCCACAUACACAUCUUUACAAGCCAGAGAAGCUCGAGAGUGACCUGUCCGGCUUUGAUUCUUUAUAAAAUGCAUAUGAUCAAUCGAACGUUAAUCUAAUAUUAUUACUAAGCAA